ACGAGGCAGGAUAUGACCAAAGCGUGGCGUGUCUUGCUAACUAUCGUUUUACACGCUUUCCCUUCUAUCCUUGAAUCGAAGCAUUUUACUUCGCCAGGAACUUACAAUGGCGGACCAAGGAUAUGGGGGUGGAUAUGGUCAGAAUAGUGGGGCAGCAAUGUAUGGCGGAACAGGAGGUUCUAGUUAUGGUGGAGCUCAAGGUUACCAAUCUGGUGGCUACCAAGCUCCUACCAGCUCUUAUCAGUCAACUGGUUACCAGGCCUCAGCUCAAGGAGGAACUCCAGCAUAUAGUGCAGCAACUGGGUACCAGACUUCCACAACAGGCUAUGCAGGCUAUCAAACAGACAGCAGCUCAGGUGGUUACCAGCAGGCAUCUUCAACACAGUACCAGGGGUAUGGACAGCAACCUCAGAGUGGUAGCUAUUCACAGGCCAGCGGAGGAUCUAGCUACCAACAACCACAAGGAUACCAGCAGAGUGGAGGCUAUCAAUCUGGUGGUCAAGGUGGUUAUAGCAGCAACCAGAGCAGCGGAGGUGGUUACCAAGGUGGUGGGUAUCAAGGUGAUAGUGGGCGCAGUGGUGGUGGAUAUGGACAACAGGGCUCUUCCUAUGGACAAGGAGGAGGCGGCGGCUACGGAGGAGGAAGAGGCGGUGGCAGAGGAGGUAGCCGACCGGGUGGAUACAAUAGUAAUAUGGGUUAUGGUAACUCUUCUAGUGGUCCGCAACAAGAUCCAGGAAAAGAGUAUGAAACGGAUCAGGUUUUCAUUUCAAAUCUCCCCUCUAAUGUAACAGAACAGGACAUCAAAGACCUUUUUGGCUCCAUUGGUAUAAUAAAGAUUGACAAAAAGACAGGCAACCCUAAAAUCUGGAUAUACAGACAUCCUGAUGGUACUCCAAAGGGAGAUGCUACAGUUACUUAUGAUGAUCCACCAACAGCUGGUGCUGCUAUCAGCUGGUUCAACGGUAAAGAGUUUCUUGGACAGGCAAUCAAGGUUGAAUUUGCUGAGAAGAGAGUUCCCAAAGGAGGCUUUGGUGGACGUGGGGGAGGAGGACGAGGAGGUCCUCGUGGUGGACGUGGUGGUGGUGACAGACGUGGUGGUCGAGAUGAUCGUGGUGGUGGCGGCGGAGGAGGAGGAAUGGAAGCUCGUGCUGGGGACUGGGACUGCCCAUCAUGUGGAAACCUGAAUUUUGCCAGGAGAGACACUUGCAAUCGAUGCCAAACACCAAGAUCUGGUGAUGGUGGUGGGGACGGUGGUGGUGGAUAUGGUGGAAGAAGUGGUGGAGGUGGUAGAGGAGGCUGGGGCGGAGGCAGAGGUGGAGGCAGAGGUGGGGGACGUGGUGACAGAAGAGGUGGACGAGGUGGUUAUGACAGACAAGGGAUGAGGCAAGAGCGAAGAGACAGACCAUAUUAAUCGAGUUACCAUUUAUUAUCUACUAGUGGAACCUCUAGAAGAUCACAUCAUGUCAUCAAACAUGAACCUUCCAUUUGAAAACUUAUUGCACUGCAAUGUUGACUAUGUUGUUUGUAAAUUAUUUGUUUUGUAUGGAGAAGUACUGUAAGAUUUCGUCGUUGAAAUAAAGUUGUGUGCUGCACUUUUCUCUGA